AUGACAGUCUAUUCCUUCUACAUUUUUGAUCGCCAUGCGGAAUGUAUCUACAAGCGUCGCUGGCUUCCGCGCCCGACAUCUGUUGCAGGCAAGAGCCAGACCCAAGGUGGAUCAGUAGGACAUGGUCAGACAGUACGAGCAAGCGAUGAUGAUGCAAAGUUAGUUUUUGGUACUGUUUUUUCGCUCAGAAACAUGGUGCGCAAACUAGGAGGCGAUGAGGACAACUUCAUAUCCUACACCACUAGCCAGUACAAGCUACACUACUACGAAACCCCAACCAAUAUCAAGUUUGUCAUGGUGACGGACCUCAAGAGCCCAAGCAUGCGCAUCGCACUGCAGCAGAUCUAUAUCAAUCUGUUUGUGGAAUAUGUGGUCAAGAAUCCGUUGUCUCCGGUCGAGCACCCUGGUGGCGUGGGUGUGAACAAUGAGCUGUUUGAGGAAUCAUUAGAACAAUUCGUGCAGACUCGGGUUUUGGCCUGA